GCUUUUGUCUCCGACCACAACUCCUUCCCAUAAAUCUGGAGAACCAUGCAGACUUAGUUCUAUUCUUUUUGCGAAUUCAGAUUCGCCCAUUUCUUUCUGUUGUCUCUCUGAUCCUCGGGACCUCUUGUUUGUCGAAUUCCUGCAUUUUUUGAGGAUUUGUUCGGAGAACUGCAAUAGAGAAGCUUAGAAGAAGUUCCUUCAUCUUUCUCAAACAUGGCAAUGGAUCAGCAUGGGGAAACCAUGAAGAAUCAAAUAGAAGCACUUCUGCGUGUUAUAAGUGUGGCACGUACUUACCGAGAAGACAAAGUUCCAAAUCAGAUUGAAGAGGGUCUCUAUCUCGGAUCCAUAGGAGCAGCUAACAACCGGAAUAUAUUGAAAAGCUUCAACAUUACGCACAUCUUAACUGUCGCCGGCUCAUUGAGACCGUCCCACCCGAACGACUUUGUGUAUAAGAUUGUUCCAGUUGUGGACAAGGAAGACACAAAUUUAGCACAAUAUUUUGACGAUUGCGCUGGUUUCAUUGAUGAAGCGAAGAAACAAGGCGGUGGUGUGCUUGUUCACUGCUUUGUUGGACGAUCACGGAGUGUCACUGUUGUUGUUGCUUACCUGAUGAAAAAACACGGUAUGACCUUAUCCCAAGCGUUGCAACACGUCAAGAGCAAAAGGCCGGUGGCGUCUCCUAACGCCGGUUUCAUUAAGCAAUUGGAAGAGCUUGAAAAACUUCUACUAGGGAAGCAAUAAGUGGUGAUUUGGCUUUGGGGGCAGGCCUGAAGAGCUUGUGGUUUCAGACAGAAGCUUCUCAUUGUGGCGUCAUGUUGUAUAAAGACCCAAGAAGAUAUACUAAUCACUUGAACCCGAAAGAGCAAUACUUGAAGAAGUUGGUGUGCUUAUGAAUCUGACCAGUGACUGAUAUUUCUCUGUAAAUUCUUAAUGUGCUCUGUCAAAUAGAAACAAACCAAAGAUCUCUCUGUAUUUUCUUGUACAAAAGGGUCUUGAAAGUUGAAACGAGUGCAUGUGUUUUGUUGUU